AUGGCGACAACCGCGUCCGUAUAUAACUAUGAGCGGACGACACGCCAGAUCCUGAAGCGACAUCGCAAGGAUCCAGCAAGUUUCAUUAUUCAUAUGCAUCCGCAGUUCAUGCGGUUUGAGAAGCAGGAUGGUUACUUCUUGUUUGAGUCGCGUACCAAGGAAUUUCUGCACUAUAUAUGUGAUCAGGUCAUUCCUGUUGAUCUGAUGGAUGUCUUUCAACAAGCAGGCGUGCCAUUUUUCGAAGGCUGUCUCAUGGUGGAAAUUCAUGAUCAUCGAAAGCUGGUCUCCGCGAACGAACCUAGCAACAACCGGUUCAGCGUAGAUGGGAGCCGAGAUUCUCGUGCAGACGACUCCCUGUUUUAUUUACGUGAAGGUGGUCGAUACGGGUUCUACCAAACGCGAUUUCGUAGCCGAUCGCAACUUACGACGGACGAUGUGAAGACCAGUCCCGAUGGCGUGGAAAUAUACCGAAUCAUUAUGAGACCAUCCGCAGAGAGUCUAUGGAACGACUUGCGUAUGAUGGAUGCGAAGAUGGGCGGCGUUUGGAGCGACGAAGAUGCUCUUCGUAUUGAGUCACAGAUUGUCAAUCUCACUGCACCGCCGCUGUGUCUUACGCCUGAUCCUCAUGUGUCGCGCAUGGCAAAUUGGAUCCAAAGCAGUACUAUGCCUUCCCCUGCGUACCCAACAAGCGCUACGUUGCAGCCGCAGCGGCGUGAUAAGGCGACAGGCCAUAAACUCAACAGCGUCGAGCUUGCGCAAGCCAAGAGCCAGGACGUUCGCCGCGAGCAAAUCAUGUUGAUGAUGAAGGACGGGUGGUCCUCGGAAUUGGAGCUUAGUCGCAUGCGAGAUAUCACCUCUGAAACGGGCUCUUUUGUCCCGAGUUUUUCGCGCUUGGAUUUCCUGCGUACGUGGCGUUCGAAUCGCAAAGAAGAAGGCACUGGGAGUAGUGAAACGAUGACGUCCCCCUCGCAAGCAGACACUGCCAAAUCUGCUGACGCUAAGAAAGCUGCGAAGAAGAAAAAACGGAUCAAGGGCCGCGAUGAGCCGGACACGCCCACUAUCAAAACGACAGAGGCUGCUACGGCUGCUGCGACAGAUGCGUCGCGAUCCAAGCCCAAGCGCCGUAAAAAAGACGAGUCGUCCACCGACGAAAUGCCGACGGCCAAAGCAGGCGCGUCGCAUAUGACGGCAUCGACCUCUUCCCCUUUCGAAGGCCAUGUAUCGUUGCCUGGACGUCCGUUUGGUACGGACAUGGCCAUGGCGAAUACCAAGUCGGACAACCUUGUCCUGCCCGGCAGCGGUGCAGCCAAAGGCGCUACAACCCAAGGCCAUGCUACACCAGGUAUGCCUGUCAUCAUGCCCUCGUCUACCCCCUUUGCCCCACCUACGUCCGACCAAAAGAACAACAACCACUGGUUCUUUUCGUAG